GUGGAGUACUGUUGAUUUUCUCUUGACUGAAUUGUAUAAUCCUCAUUGCAUCUGUAACCUAAACGAGGACAAUUUUCUGUUGUGAACGCAUUGCCAUGAUGGGGCUCAAACGGAGCUGCUUCGUUUUCUUUCUGAUGUGGCAAGCCGUGAAUGGGGACGCGAGCUAUUCCUUUCAAGAAGAAAUGAAGCGCGGAUCUGUUAUUGGGAAUAUAGCGAAGGAUCUUAACCUGGACUGGAGUAAACUGUCUGGUAGGAAUGCCCGUGUUGAUGCCGCAGGGAAUCGCAAACGUUAUUGUGACAUCAGUAUCAGCAAUGGGGAUUUAAUUAUUGCCGACAGGAUUGACCGGGAGGAGCUUUGUGGAGAAAAGCUAUCGUGUGUACUAAAACGCGAUAUUGUGCUGGAGAAUCCUCUGGAACUGCAUCCGUUCAGUCUUCACAUUCAAGAUAUUAAUGAUAACUCGCCACAAUUUAAGGAAGAAUUUAUCAAUUUAGAAAUUCGAGAGUCAGCAUUCAGGGGCGCUCGUUUUGUGAUAGAGGAGGCGCACGAUGCGGAUGUAGGACAAAAUUCAGUUCAGCAGUACAGCCUUAAAAAGAAUGAUAAUUUCAUUUUGGCCGUUGAUGGAAACACAAUAGAGCUUGUUCUUGAAAAAGAGCUUGAUCGUGAAAAACAACAAGAGAUCAAUUUGGUCCUUACAGCUCUAGAUGGUGGCUCCCCUCAGAGAUCAGGUACGGUAGUCAUACACGUCACUGUACUGGAUGCUAAUGAUAACGCCCCAGUGUUUAGCCAGGCCGUUUAUAAAGCCAGUCUGCCUGAAAACUCUCCUGUAGAUACUGUAGUGGUCACAGUGAGUGCUACUGAUGCAGACGAGGGAGUCAACGGAGAUGUGACGUAUGAAUUUGGACAUGUUACUGAUGAUGUGAAGAGAGUCUUUAGUAUUGACCGUAAAAACGGCAAAAUUAAAGUGAAUGGUGCGAUUGACUUUGAAACUGUUACAACAUAUGAUUUGCGCAUUAAAGCAAAAGAUGGAUUAGGAUUAUCGUCAUACACAAAGGUAUCCAUUGAUGUCACCGAUGUCAAUGACAACAUACCUGUAAUCUAUGUGAAAUCUCUGGCACAUCCAGUACCUGAGAAUGUGUCACCUGGUACAGAGGUGGGCAUUGUUAACGUGCAGGAUUCAGAUUCUGAUAAUAAUCAACAGGUCCGCUGUUCCAUGCAACAAAAUGUCCCUUUUAAAUUGGUCCCUUCUAUUAAAAACUAUUAUUCUCUGGUGACCACAGGACAACUGGACCGUGAACUAGUGUCUGAUUACAACAUUACAAUCACUGCCACUGACGAGGGCUCUCCACCUCUGUCCUCCUCUAAAACUGUUCAGUUAUCUGUAGCAGACAUCAACGACAACCCACCUGUGUUUGAGGAACAGACCUACAGCGCAUAUGUGACUGAAAAUAACAAACCUGGCUCCACUUUAUGUUCGGUUACUGCUCGAGACCCCGACUGGAGACAAAACGGUACAGUGAUUUAUUCUCUGUUACCCGGUGAGGCGAACGGUGCCCCGGUGUCCUCCUAUCUAUCUGUUAACGGAGACACGGGGGUGAUCCACGCUGUGAGGUCGUUUGAUUAUGAACAGUUCAGGAGUUUUAAAGUCCACGUGAUGGCCAGAGACAACGGUUCUCCUCCGCUCAGCAGCAACGUGACCGUCAGUGUCUUCAUAUCGGAUGUGAAUGACAACUCUCCUCAGAUACUGUACCCCGCCCCGGAGGGCAACUCCUUCAUGACCGAGCUGGUCCCCAAAGCUGCACACGGAGGCUCUCUGGUGUCCAAAGUGAUAGCAGUGGACGCGGACUCCGGACAGAACGCAUGGCUGUCCUAUCAUAUAGUCAAAUCCACUGAUCCGGGACUUUUCACUAUUGGUCUCCACAGCGGAGAGAUCAGGACACAGCGGGACAUUUCUGAGUCUGACAGCAUGAAACAGAACCUUAUUGUAGCAGUGAAAGAUAACGGACAGCCCUCUCUCUCUGCCACCUGUUCCAUGUAUUUACUUAUUUCUGAUAACUUGGCUGAGGUGCCAGAACUGAAGGAUAUUUCUUAUGAUGAGAAGAACUCCAAACUGACCUCUUAUCUGAUCAUCGCGCUGGUGUCUGUGUCCACCUUUUUUCUGACCUUCAUUAUCAUCAUCCUGGGUGUGAGGUUUUGUCGCAGGAGAAAGCCCAGACUGUUGUUUGAUGGAGCAGUUGCCAUCCCCAGCGCUUAUCUCCCUCCUAAUUACGCAGAUGUUGACGGCACAGGAACUUUACGCAGCGCUUACAAUUAUGACGCCUACCUGACAACAGGUUCUAGAACCAGUGACUUUAAGUUUGUGACGUCUUACAAUGACAACACACUGCCUGCUGACCAGACUUUGAGGAAAAGUCCCUCAGACUUUGCUGACGCGUUUGGAGAUUGUGAUGCUUCUCCUGAGGUAGCAGUACUGAUCUUUCUCGCUGUAACAAUGGGCUACAACAGAUUUGCGCUGCUCUACGGCCUUGCUUUUAUUUUUCUUGUCCUCCACCCCGUCUAUGGAGACGUGAGUUACUCCAUCCCGGAAGAGAUGAAACGAGGAUCUGUAAUUGGGAAUAUCGCUAAGGAUCUGGGACUUGAUUUGGGCAGGCUGUCUGCUCGCAAGGCCCGUAUCGAUACUGAGGAUAACAACGUCCAGUACUGCGGUGUAAAUCUCAACACCGGAGACUUGGUUGUACAAGAAAGGAUUGACAGAGAAGGGCUUUGUGCAAAAAAAGCAUCGUGUGUUCUAAAACAGGAACUCGUACUUGAAAAUCCAUUAGAGUUGCACCGUAUUAGUAUCAGCGUUCAAGAUAUCAACGACAAUUCACCGCAGUUUAAAGAGGAAUCCCUUAAAAUUGAAAUUCAAGAAUCAGCGGACAAGGGUGCACGCUUUCUCUUGGAUGAGGCACACGAUGGAGAUAUCGGAGAAAAUGCUGUUCAGGGUUAUUCACUUCAGCAGAAUGAUCAUUUCAAAUUAAAUGUGAAGACAAAGGGCGGUGGACGAAAAUAUGGUGAAUUAGUCUUAGACCAAGAAUUAGACAGAGAGGACAGAAAAGAGAUUUUGUUAUUGGUUACGGCAUUAGAUGGUGGUUCUCCUCAGAGAUCAGGUACUGUAGUCAUACACGUCACUGUACUGGAUGCUAACGAUAAUGUGCCAGUAUUCAGCCAGACCGUUUAUAAAGCCAGUCUGCCUGAAAACUCUCCUCUGGAUACAUUGGUGAUUACAGUGAGUGCUACUGAUGCAGACGAGGGAAUGUAUGGUGAAGUUACUUACGGAUUUGACCAUGUUUCUGAUGAAAACCAAGUUUUCUCUCUUAACCCUAAAACAGGAGAAGUUAAAGUGGCUGGAUCUAUUGAUUAUGAAAAAGAAUCGUCAUAUGAAAUUCAGAUUAGCGCCAAAGAUGGACUGGGAUUGGCGUCAUAUGCAACGGUGAUAAUUGAAAUUACAGAUAUAAAUGACAACGCCCCAGUUAUAUACAUGAAAUCGCUGACUAACCCCAUACCUGAGAACGUGUCACCUGGUACAGAGGUGGGUAUCAUUAACGUGCAGGAUAGAGACUCUGAGAAUAACAGACAGGUCCGCUGCUCCAUUCAGCAAAACGUCCCUUUUAAGUUGGUCCCUUCUAUUAAAAACUAUUAUUCUCUGGUGACCACAGGACAACUGGACCGUGAACUAGUAUCUGAUUACAACAUUACAAUCACUGCCACUGACGAGGGCUCUCCACCUCUGUCCUCCUCUAAAACUGUUCAGUUAUCUGUAGCAGACAUCAACGACAACCCACCUGUGUUUGAGGAACAGUCGUACAGCGCUUAUGUGACUGAAAAUAACAAACCUGGCUCCACUUUAUGUUCCGUUACUGCUCGAGACCCCGACUGGAGACAAAACGGUACAGUGAUUUAUUCUCUGUUACCCGGUGAGGUGAACGGUGCCCCGGUGUCCUCCUAUCUAUCCGUUAACGGAGACACGGGGGUGAUCCACGCUGUGAGGUCGUUUGAUUAUGAACAGUUCAGGAGUUUUAAAGUCCACGUGAUGGCCAGAGACAACGGUUCUCCUCCGCUCAGCAGCAACGUGACCGUCAGUGUCUUCAUAUCGGAUGUGAAUGACAACUCUCCUCAGAUACUGUACCCCGCCCCGGAGGGCAACUCCUUCAUGACCGAGCUGGUCCCCAAAGCUGCACACGGGGGCUCUCUGGUGUCCAAAGUGAUAGCGGUGGACGCGGACUCCGGACAGAACGCCUGGCUGUCCUAUCAUAUAGUCAAAUCCACUGAUCCGGGACUUUUCACUAUUGGCCUCCACAGCGGAGAUAUCAGGACACAGCGGGACAUUUCUGAGUCUGACAGCAUGAAACAGAACCUUAUUGUAGCAGUGAAAGAUAACGGACAGCCCUCUCUCUCUGCUACCUGUUCCAUGUAUUUACUUAUUUCUGAUAACUUGGCUGAGGUGCCAGAACUGAAGGAUAUUUCUUAUGAUGAGAAGAACUCCAAACUGACCUCUUAUCUGAUCAUCGCGCUGGUGUCUGUGUCCACCUUUUUUCUGACCUUCAUUAUCAUCAUCCUGGGUGUGAGGUUUUGUCGCAGGAGAAAGCCCAGACUGUUGUUUGAUGGAGCAGUUGCCAUCCCCAGCGCUUAUCUCCCUCCUAAUUACGCAGAUGUUGACGGCACAGGAACUUUACGCAGCGCUUACAAUUAUGACGCCUACCUGACAACAGGUUCUAGAACCAGUGACUUUAAGUUUGUGACGUCUUACAAUGACAACACACUGCCUGCUGACCAGACUCUGAGGAAAAGUCCAUCAGACUUUGCUGAUGCGUUUGGAGAUUCUGAAGUCUCCCCAGAGUCUACGUGA